UCGUCCUCAUAAAGCAGCAGCAGCUUCCUCCUCCUCUCUUCCUCCUGGAUGGUUCCAGCUCCAUCAUGUCCUCCGUCUGCUCUCUGCUCCUCCAGGUUGUCGUGGCGACGCUGAGCUGCUCAGUGUUCAACGCUCAGAUCUCCUGCAGGAACGAAGCUGGAGAUCCGGUGGAGUGGUUCGUCUUUUACAAGCUUCCCCGCCGGCGGGUCCUUGAGGAGGGCAGCGGGGUGGAGUACAUGUACCUGGACUCUGAAGGACCAGUCUGGCAUAGGAGCCGCUUCCUGAUCAACUCCAGCCAAGGAGCUGUAGCCGAGACCCUGAACCAGAUCUACAAAGGACAGGCCUACAGGUCCAACAGCUCCGUCUACGCAUUCUACAACGAUGGACCUCCGGUUCUGGAUUACGUCAAAGGAUUCGGACACAGCAAAGGAGUUCUGCUCUUUGACGACUCUCAAGGCUUCUGGUUGUCGCACAGCGUUCCUCACUUCCCCUCGUUCCCUGAGAGAGGCUACAUUUACCCGUCCUCUGGGAAGGUCAACGGUCAGACUGGUCUGUGUGUGACGUAUGGUUAUGACCAGUUCAUCCACAUAGCCCAGCAGCUGGCCUUUGUUUACCCACGCUUCUACAACUGCUCGGUGCCUCCUGCGUUCGUGUCCGACCUGCCAGAGCUGGUCCAGCUGUGUGGAGGAAUCAAACCUCCGCUGGACAAAGACAAGAGUGUGAAGUUCCUUUUCUCCACCCGAUGGACCAAGUUCAUCAGUUUUGUCAAAUCUGAGCGCUUUGUGGACGACAUCUACACCGGCUGGGCGGCUCAGGUUCUGGGAGUCGACCUUCUGGUGCAGUCGUGGCAGAGACAGGGUCACGAUCUGCCCUCCAACUGCUCGCUGCCUGAACACACCAUGAACAUCAAGCGGGUCCGGCUGCCCGGCUCGGUCCUGUUCCUGUCCGAGCACGACCACUCCAAGUGGUGUGUGUCCGAGUCCUACGGGGACGACUGGACCUGUCUGGGGGACCUGAACAGGGAGAGGGCCCAGCUGUGGCGUGGUGGAGGACUGAUCUGCCUCUACAACUACCAGCUCCACCAGGCCUUCAGGGAGGCCGUGGACUGGUACAUCGGCUGCUGAGCGACAGGAAGACGACUGGGACCUGCUCAGCCUUCCAUCCAGAUGUUUGGAUCUGUUUUACAUCUGGAGGCCGGUGUGAAAUGUUUUGAUUCUGAUAAAAAGGACUCAGCAAACUGUGAAGAGCACAUGAACGCAUCCAGCUUUAUCCCUUCAUCUUAUCGGAGCUUCUCCAAGUUUCUGAGAUUUCUGUAUUUGACAUUUCUCUGCACCUGCAUUCACAAAUAAAUGAAACGUCGUCUCCUGGAAAUAAACAGUGGGUUAAAAAGUCAUCAAAAAUAUAACAAACAGGCAAACAUGAAGACAUGCAAAGACACGACACAAGAGUGGAGCAGAAGAACUAAAUGAUCAAGUUCUAGGAAAAGUUCAAAUGUCAACAAGGUGGCUCUUUUUAACCCUCGUGUCGUCCUGCAGACCAAACUGACCCAUUUAAAAGUUUGAAAAUGUGGGAAAAAAUAUAUUUUCACAGUGACACUUCUGAUGUCCACAUUUUCAACAUUUUUUGGUGAAAAAAAAAUGUUAAAAAUGUUUAAGAACAUUCACAAAAAAACCAACCAAAAUCCAGCGAAAUUCGCUGGAUUUUGGUUGGUUUUUUGUGAAUGUUCUUAAAGAAAAUAUUAGAAGUUUUACUGAUAUAUAUGGAAUCACUUUAGAUACUUUUAGGAUUUUUUCAGAAUAUUUUUAUCCAUUUUUUUGAAAAUACAAGAGUUUCCUUGACAAAUUUGAGGGAUUUGUUUUAAAUAAAACUUUUAAGGGAAACUUAAGGAAUUAUUGGACUUUUCUUUCUGUAGUUUUUGCAAAUUUUCAAAAACAUUUGGGUAAUAUUUUUGUUGAAUUUUUGGAUAUUUUCAGACAAGGAAACUACAUUUUUGGUGCCUGUAAAUUAAGAUAACAGGAGGGUUAAACCGGGCAAAAUGGUAACUGAUGCUGCACAGCUGUCCUGCUCCAGGGAGGUUCUGCUCAGAGUUUGGGAUUUAAUUCGACUAAGUCUUGUCCGAGCAGAUCCUCAGCUGAGAGAAAAUGUUUGAGCUGCAGACCUGUUGAGCUGAACAACAUCGUGCAGUUAAAGCACAGUCUGUUUAAAUGAGCACAGUAUGUUCAAGUGCUAUAAGCACUGUAGUUCAGUUCACAGCACAGUGUGUUCAAGCGCUACAGAAGUGCCAGUAAAGCCCAGACAGCAUGAAUCUAUCGGUCUUAGAGCCAGCGUCGUAUAUGAGAGCAUCUUCCCUGUUAGGUUUUUACAGGAAAUGGAAACUGCUUUUGGUCUUCAAUAGUUCCUUGUCUAAACGUUGUGUCCCUGAUCUUUAUAAAACAUAUGUGUGAAUACGCUAUUCAAGAUACCUGUCAUUUAAAAAACGAUUGUGUCUGAACAACUUCUACAUGUACCAGAGUUUCUGCAGGUUUCACAGCGCUGGGUGGAAAUAUCUGGGACAACUCUGCAGUCAUUUUCAUCUUAUUUUUUAAAUAGAAGAUUCUGUAUCACAA